AAGAAAGUAAAUUUUUUUAAAGCUAUGAACUGGCAACACGUAUUACGGCACGUCACAUAAACAUAAAAUGGACAGAAGACUGGAUAUUCCUCGAUUAAGUUCUGGAAACUUAGAUUUUCACGAUGAAGAACAAGAUCAACUAGAGUUCAGAGAUUCUUUUCCUGGUUAUUCUGAUGUUCCUGAAAUAGUAAAUGAAGAGGAGCAGGAAAGGCUGUUAUCUUCUGAAAAACCAGAAGCAAAACCUUCCUUCUGGGAUAUUAAAUAUUACCAAAAUUUAUUCAAUGUGGAUACCAAUGAAGUAAUACAGAGAAUUAUAUGGUCAUUUAUACCAAGACCUGGAAGAGCAACUUAUAUUCAUCGUUUAAUUCGGCCAAAUCCUGAUUUAUAUGGUCCAAUAUGGAUUUCUGCAACUCUUAUAUUUACACUUGCAAUCAGUAGUAACAUGGCAGAUUAUUUACAUUCAGUUGGAAGAUUGAAGUCUGCAGACAUGUAUUAUGAUUAUCGUAAAGUAUCAUUUACUGCAACAACAUUAUAUUCUUAUAUUUUCUUGAUUCCUCUUGCUGUGUGGGGAAUGUUAUGGUAUUUUAAUUCUUCAGAAUAUGGUCUGCUAGAAGUCAUCAGUACAUAUGGUUAUUCACUUGCCAUAUACAUUCCAAUUGCUAUAUUAUGGUUAAUUAAAUCUUUUUGGUUUCAUUUCAUCAUUAUACUUAUUGGAUUUAUAUUAUCGUCAUCUGUGUUAAUAUUAACAUUUUAUCCUGCAGUCCAAGAAACAAGAAAAAAGGUUGCAGGAGUUAUAUUGAUUUUCAUGUUGUUAUUUCAUUUACUACUUGCAUUUGGAUUUUCUGUUUAUUUUUUUCAUCCAAUUACCAAUGAGAAGAAUAUACAACCAUCAUCUGUCACCACUAAGGCCAUGGCAGAUUUUACUGAGAAAAUAGCACAAAGUGACAAGUCUAGUCAAAAUCCACUCAAACCUGAAGCUCUUCGUGUCAUUAACAACAUUACAGUUAAUAAUAAUACAGUAAAUAAUAAAACUAAGAAAAAGCAAUUAACUAUUGGAAAUAAUUCUGUUAAUUCAGACAGUUUAUUUACUGUGACUACUUCUGUCACAGCAAAUAAAACUAUUGAUUCUAAAUCCUCAAGUAUUAAUAUAAAAACAACACCAAAAACAUUACUUUGAAAAAAUUUAGAUUUUGAAAAACAGUAAAACCUAAAAUACUGUGAUAAAUUUAAUGUAUUUAUAAUGAUUUCCUGUAAUAAAAUAUUUUCAUUUAUAAAUAAUUUUGAAUGCAAUUGCAUUUUAAUCUCUCUUUUUUCUUGGUAUUUGAUGAUUUAUAAAACACAUCAAAAUUGUUAAAGUUGAUAGUAUUAUUAUAUUUUUUAUUUGCAGUUAAUAAAAGUUUUGCAUUUCCAAUGUUUGAAAACCUAAAUGUAUGUUUUUUUGCAGCACUGCAUUAUAAAAUGACAUAAAAUUAAUUAGAAUGUAUAUUUUUAUGUUUAAUCA